AUGAGCGACUACCGGCGAUGGCAGCGCCCCGAGCCGCCGUCCGCGCCCGUCGCGCCCGCGCCGACGCGACGGGAGGAACCGCGCGACGACGGAGCGCCGGCGGAGCGUUUCCCCGCGUACUUGCCGUACGUCCACGUCGCGAGCCCGCGGUCGCGGCGGCGCGAGGAGAACCGCCCGCCGCGCGCCGCGGACGACGACGACGCGCGCGCGGAGACGAUGCGCCUCGCGGUGCGCGCUCGGAAGGAGCGCAUGAUGCGCGUCGCGCGCGAAGACCAGCGGCGGUCGACGUAUCGCGCGCUCACGACGCGCGCGCCGCUGUCGGACCUCACGUACAUGGCGCCGCCGAAUCCGCCGUCGCGCGCGGUCGCGGACGACCUCGCCGCGGUCGCGACGACGGCGGCGGCGGCGGCGGCGGCGGGCGUCGAGCGCGCGCGAUUCGCGGCGGCGGCGACGAGCGCGAGCGCGAGGUACGACGCGCUCGGUCUGUCCGACACGAGCCUGGCGCGGGUCGCGAGGGCGUGGGACGAGCGACGCGCCGCGGAGGAGGAAGCGACCGACGACGCGGCGAGGAGGACGCGCGAGGAGGAAGCGAGCGGCGGGGCGAGAGACGACGAGACCGCGACCGCCGCCGCGACGCGGGACCCUCGCGCCGCCGAUGACGCCGACGCCGAAGCCGCCGCCGCGGCGAAAGCCGACGCGCCGUCGUCGCUCGUCGAAGACACCGCGCGCGAUUUCGAGCUCGAGGUGGAGAUGCGCGCGAUGCCGUACGACCGACGCAUGGGCCCCGGCCACGGCGCCGUCGCGCGAGAAUUUGAGCGACGGCGACUGCGACGCGAACGCGACGCCGCCGCGACGCGGUGCGAGCUGUGCGACGCGCGCGAGCCGCACGGCGCGGCGCGUUGCGCGUUCACGCUCGGUCUCGUGCGCGGCGCCGGCGGCGAGCGCGCGGGCGGGACGUCGCUCGCGAGGAAGCUUCACGACGCGCGAGGCGACGCGAUUUCGGAAAUUUGGUCGAGAGCGGACGAGGACUGCGGCUUUCGCUCGAGAGAGGCGCUGACGUCGCUGAAACUGGACGGCAAAGGGAUCGAUAUCGUCCCACGCUUCGGCGAGGCGGGCGCGCUGCCGAACAUCGCGGAGCUGUCCAUGUGCAAGAAUUCGAUCAAGCGGCUGCCCGCGAAGCUCGACCGGUUUUUACCCAACCUCGCGCGUCUUCGCGUCUCGAGAAACGCGCUCGAGGGCGCGUUGUCCGACGCCGUGGGGCGCCUGACGAAGCUCACGACGCUCGAGCUCGACGGGAACGAUCUCACGGCUUUGCCGAGAGACCUCUCCGGCCUUGUCUCGCUCGUGGAGCUGAACGUGUCCAAGAACAAGCUGAGCGCGUUUCCGCCGUCCAUCGGAAAGUGCGCGUCGCUUCGCGUCGUCAACGCCAACGACAACGCGUUGACGUCGCUCCCGUCCGAGUUUUUCACCGGGUGCGUCGCGCUCGAGGAGUUCUGGUGCCGCGGCAACCGCCUGGAAGCCCUCCCGGACGCGCUCGCGGACGCCGCCGCGCUGAGAAAGCUCGACGUCGGCGCGAACGCGCUCGCGUCGUUCCCCGACGUCGCGAUGCUUCAGCGCUUGGAGGCGCUGUGGGCUUCGAACAACGCGCUGACGGCGCCGCCGCCGGGUCUCCCCGGGUGCGUCUCUCUUCGGCUGCUGUGCCUGGACGGGAACCGAAUGCGGACGUUCGGGACCGCCGCGCACGGGAUCGACCUGUGCGAGUCCCUGCGCGCGAUAUCCGCGCGCGAUAACGGGAUGCGAACGCUCGGGAGGGAGAUGUGCCGAUCCGACGAGCUCGCGGGUUCGCUCAAAGAGCUGGACCUGCGAGGGAACGAACUGAGGAGGCUGCCCGCGGCGGUCGGGCGGCUUCGCGCGCUGUUUUCGUGCCGCGUGUUCGACGAGCGCGACGCGAGACGGGGAGGGAGGGAGCGCGGCGCGCGCGACGGCGUCGGAGGACGGUUCCCGUCGCCGUCUCGCAUCGCGCGAACGCGCGACGACGACGACGGCGACGGCGGCGGCGGCGACUACCUCGCCGCGGACGCGCGCCGUCUGUUCGAGACGUUGUCCCUCCCCGACGCGCUGGACUACCUCGAGCAGCUCGACGUCGAGCUCGAGGAGUGCCGCGACUGGGCCCCCGGCGCGCGAGAGCGCCCGCUCGCGGACGGAGGCGCGAGACGCCGCCGCGCGAGUUUCGGCGACGUCUCGGAGCUCGCCUCGGCCGCCGCCGCGACCGCCGCGGCAUCGCUCGCGAAACGCCGCGGCGCGUCCGCGUCCGCGUCCGCGUCCGCGAAGACGAAGAUAUUCGGACCCGCGGUCGUCCCGCGCGGCCCGAAGCCGACGACGCGGGACGUGCGAAAGGGAGAAGAGCUCGCCCGCGCGAUGGAGACGCUGCGACGCGCGCCGAUAUUUGACGCGUUGGACGACGGCGAGAUUUCCCUCCUCGUGAACAACGGGUUCGCGACGCGCGCGUACGCCCCCGGCGCCGCGAUCGAGUCGUCCUGGGGCGACGAGCGCGACGACGACGGCGGCGUCGUCGACUGGAGGGACGCGUGCCGGAUGCUCAUCGUCACGCGAGGCACCGUGGAGGUGUCGCCGCGUCGCGACGCGUCGCGACGAAAAGGCGGCGGCUCGCGGUCGCUCGCUGCGCGCGUUCGCCGCGCCGGCGACGUCGCCGCGCACGGCGUCUCCUGCGGCGGCGACGCGCGAGAGACGCGCUUCGCGCGCGUCGGCGGCGCGGUCGGCGCGAUGUCGAUGCUCACCGGUGCGCCCGAGCCCGCGGACCGCAGAGCGGGCUCGGGGGAGCCCCUUGAGGUUGUGGUCCUCACCGCGCGCGCGAUGGACUUCGCGCUCGUAAACUCGAGACGCGCGCGGGACGUCGUCGCGCGCGCGAUAUCGCUCGCGAAGCUCGUGGACGCGUCCGCGUCCGCGGACGUCGACGCGGUCGUCCGGUCGAUCGGCGAACGCGCGGUCGCGCGCGUGACGGCGCGGCUGGCGGCGUCCAUGGACGCGCAUUUCGGUCGCCGCGCGACCGCCGCCGGUAUCGGCGAUUCAUCAGUCGCGGCGCAUCGCGACGGCGCGACGUUGUGGGCGCUCGCGCGGACGAUCAUCGCGUGCGAUCGAUGGGCGCGCGCGCUGUCGCGCGUGGACGUGUUUCGGUCGUUGACGUUCGCGGAGCGGCGCGUCGCGCUGCGCGCGGGCCGACCGACCGUGAAGCGCUACGUCCUCGGCCGGAGGGUGUACGCCGAGGGCGACGCCGCGCGCGGCGGCGGCGGCGACGACGACGACGACGACGCGUCGUCGUGUCUCUUCGUUCUCCUCUCCGGGUCGCUCAGCGUGUACGCGGACACCGCGCCGACGCCGCCACUGGACGUCGUGAACCGCGCGCGCCGCGACGUGCUCCUCGAGUCGUCGCGGCUGUCGUACGCGGGCGGGAAGACCACGCUCGGGUCGCGGUCGAAGGCGCCGUCGCCGCGCGCGCCCGCGGCGCCGGCGAGGGUAAAGAUCGGGACGAUAUCCCCCGGCGGCGUGUUCGGCGAGGAGACCGCGCUCGCGGGGAAACCUCGCGCGUACACCGUCGUGUGCGCGGAAGAGGACGCGACCGCGCUCGCGAUCCCGUCGCGCGCGUUCGUCGAGGUCGUGCGGGCGCGUCCGUCGCUCGCGGACGUCUUCGCGAGGUUGACGGCGUGGCGCCGAGCGGAGGUCGAGGCGGAGGCGACGGCGGCGGCGGCGGCGGCGGCGGCCGCCGCGGAGGGCGGCGCGGCGCGGAAGAGGGUGAGCGUGACGGUGACGCCGCCGUCCGUGGCGGAGAUCGUCGCCUUGGGCGAUCGCGUCGCCGCGUUCGCGGGGUUGCGCGGGUGA